UUUCUCUAUGGGUCGUACUGUCAAAUUUUUACGGAUGUUUUUGUCGUUCUUGGUUUUUGACGUUUUUGUUGGAUUACAUUUCUUUGAUUCAUAAUAAUUUUAGUAUUAUUCAUAUCAUAAUAUUGUUCUGGGCCAAGUACUGGCUACCAUCAUUGUUUAAAAGCAAUGGAAUUAGCUGAACAACCUACUGAAAAAAGAACAAAAGUUUCAUGUAGUGAACCCAUUCAAGUUCUCAAAGAUGAAGAAGGGAGUUAUGAAAUAUGUAAGGUUAAAACAGAAAAUUUGGAAGUUGUCAAAGAAUUUAUCAAUAGUGUUGGAGAAGAAGUUGAAAGUGAUGUUGAUUUAGAUGAUUCAUCUGAACAAAGUGUUCUUCAUGCCUUUAAAACCGAGGGAUGCAGUGAGGAUAUAAGAAAUUAUCAGUUAAUUUCUGAAAAAGACAUCGAAGUGAAUAUUGUUGAAUCAAAGCAAGAAGCUUGUUACCUUUGUGAGUUUUCUUCUAAGAAAAAAUAUGAGCUCCAAAAACAUAUAGAGACUGUACAUUUCAACUUGAGGAAACACAAAUGUGAAUCAUGUGAUUAUGCCACAAAAUAUAAAUCUGAUCUGAAAAAACAUAUAAAUUCUGUACAUUUUAAUUUGAAGCCACAUAAAUGUCAUAUGUGUGAGUAUGCUUCAAAUAAUAAAACUUACGUUAAAAGACAUAUCGAUACAGUUCAUGGGAAUGUGAAAAAGCUAAAAUGUCAUUUGUGUGACUUUUCUGUCAAUGGAAAAUAUGAUCUUAAGAGACAUAUAAAUACUAUUCAUUUUAAUUCCAAGCCACAUAAAUGUGAUUUUUGUGAUUAUGCUCCAAAUUGCAGAUCCCAUCUCAAGGAACAUAUAGAUUCAGUUCAUUUGAAUUCUUACACACAUAAAUGCCAUUUAUGUGAUUUUGCCUCUAAUCGUUAUGCAAAAUUAGAAUCACAUAUAGAUUCUGUUCAUCUGAAUAUAAAGCAUUCGUGUCAUUGGUGUGAUUCUGCUUUUAAUCGGAAAAGUGAUCUAGAAGUACAUAUAAAUUCAGUGCAUUUAAAUUUAAAGAGGCACAAAUGUGAUUUCUGUGAUUAUGCUACAAAUCGUAAAUCCCAUCUCAAAGAGCAUAUAGACUCUGUUCAUUUGAAUAUUAAGUAUUUGUGUCACAUGUGUGAUUCUGCAUUCAAUCGAAAAAGUGAUCUUGAUGCACAUACAAAUGCUGUUCAUUUGAAUUUGAAGCAGCACAAAUGUGGUUUUUGUGAGUACGCUACGAAUAAAAGAUCUCAUCUCAAAGAACAUAUAAAUUCUGUCCAUUUCAAUUCAUAUACACAUAAAUGCCAUUUAUGUGAUUAUGGUUCUAAUCGUAAAGCUAAACUAGAAUCACAUAUAGAUACUGUUCAUCGAAAUAUGAAAAAUUUGUGAAAAAGCAUAUAUAAAUGAUGAACAUAUAAAAUCAGAAAUGAAUAUAUUUUUUGGAGAGUAGCCUUGAUUGAAAUAAUGAUAAACUCAUUUUUUUUAAUUAUCAAUAGUUAUUGUUAGUUCGAUUGUUAUUGAAUAGAAUGUUAUUUUAAUGUGCAAUUUUCAUUCUGAGAAAAAAGUCACUUGAAGACGUUUGGCAUGUGCUUAUCUUAAAAUGCCACAAAUACUUUGGAUGUCAUUGGUAACUUCUAACUUGAUAUAAAUAUAUAUAUAAUAUAAAUUAUAUUAUAAUAGAUUGUAAAUAUCAA